UUUCUUCUCUUUAUCCCAUUAAAAUUUUUAGAGGCAAUAAUGGUCGGAGUAAUGGCUAGGAGACCUCUAAGUCACCGGAUUUUGACGUGUCACAACCGGGAAACUGAAUUUUCCGGCGAUCAUACAAUGAAUAUUUCUGACACUAUUUUUAGUUUUCUUGAUGAAGAGGGUCAUCAUCAAGGUUCGUCACUAGAAAGUGUUAGUGAUGAGGAUGUUUAUGUUGAAGAUGAAAAUGAAAAUGAAGAGAAUGAAAAUAAUAUUGAAGAUAAUCACUUCUGGGAAAAUCAACAUCAGCUUUUGCAAUCAGUAUUAUGCCGGACGACAACAUUAGAAUCACAGAUCCGAAGCAUUACUAAACAAACCUUAAAAGAAGCAUCAGAAAUUAAUUUCAGCUGUAAUUGCAGCUGGAAAAUGGUCAAUAAUAAUAUUAUUAAUAGUUGCCCAAAUUGUCUAAUGAAAGAGGUUUGUAGUCGCCUACAAAAUGCUGGUUUCAACUCGGCAAUUUGCAAGUCCAAGUGGAAGAGCUCACCACAUAUUCCCUCAGGUGAACAUACAUUCAUAGACAUGGUGGACAAUUCGAGCCCUCAGAGGGGAGAAGUGAGGGUAAUUAUCGAAUUAAAUUUCCGAGGGGAAUUUGAAUUAGGUAAAGCAAGCGAAGAAUACAAUCGACUGGUGAAAUGGCUGCCAGAAGUAUUUGUAGGGAAAUUAGAGAGAUUAUUGUCAGUAAUAAAGAUUUUGUGCAAUGCUGCUAAGAAGUGUAUGAAGGAGAAGAAAAUGCAUAUUGCGCCAUGGAGGAAACAAAAAUACAUGCAAGCUAAGUGGCUUAAUACAUCUAAACGUAUGACUACUUCUAAAUCCCCAUUAUCAUCAACUGACGAAUAUUAUUCAUAUCGAUUGCCACAGCCCAAGGCAUCGAUGCCUACGGUUGAUUUGUUGGGAAAUUUUCCAAAUUUACAUCCUACUGUACUUGAAGUGGUGUGAACUAUCAAGGCGUUAGAUUACACUGUUGGAGUGUUCCAUUUUUGUAGUUUUCUAAUAUAUUUGACUUAUCAAUUAGUGUGAGCUUAGAGUAUAGAUUUAUAUAAUUUGUAAAAACACGUGAAAAGUGGUUGAAGGUGGCUACUGAAAGUUCAAUUUUGGAUAAAAAGAUUGGGAAAAUUUGGGA